CCCUAGCGUUUUUUAGCACGUUUGUUUGCAAGCUAUAUAAAAGUUGAAUAAAAUUAGCGUAUUUCGAUAUCUCCAAUUUAUCUUAAGGUGGUUUUUAACUACUUGUGCUUUAAAGAUUUAAAUAAUCAAUUUGUCAAUUAACCAAAAACAUGGCAACAGUAAAGCGUGGUGCUUUCAUUGUUUUGGAAGGCUGUGACCGCAGUGGGAAAUCGUCACAAAGUCGCUUGCUAUUUGAAUUUCUACGUAGUCGCGGCGUACCAGCAAAGCAUAUGAUUUUCCCAAAUCGCUCGUCAGAAAUUGGUGGAACAAUAAACUCCUAUUUGAAAAAUGCUAAAGAACUUAAUGAUCAAGUAAUACAUUUACUGUUCACUGCCAACCGUUGGGAAUUCAAAAAAGAUAUUGAGGAAUUACUUAGUGUAGGUACCACCUUGGUGGUUGACAGGUAUUCGUAUUCUGGUGUGGCAUACAGCGUGGCCAAAGGUUUGGAUUUCGAUUGGUGCAUGGCGCCAGAAAUAGGACUCAUACGGCCAGAUGCUGUUUUUUAUCUAAAAGCGCCAAUUGAGAUACUAAUGCAGCGAGGCGAUUUUGGCAAAGAAAGGUAUGAGAAAAAGGACUUUCAGUUAAAGGUAGCCAGUGUAUUCGAUCGUAUUUGUGAAGACCAAAAACAUUUCUGGCAUUCAAUCGAUGCUACUCAAACGCAAGAAACAAUAUUAGAAACUUUGAGCACAAAAGUGUUGGAAGUUAUAGAGCUAGCAAAAGACGAACCGUUGAAAGUGCUUUAACCGGUCGCCCAUAGGCAAGUAAUAGAAAAUCUUCGCAUGAUAAUGACGAAACGUCUAAAAAGCAUAAUAUUUCGCUUUCUCGAAUUACAUUAAGACCCACAUCGAUGAGAGUAAGAACAACAAAGCAGCUAAAGCGUAAACACACCACAUAUUAACAUAAACACAUCUCAAGGGAGUUUGCCUUAUUUUUAAGAAAAUACAUUUUAAAAUUUUAUCGAAUGUAAUAAUUUUGAAAUGCGUAAGGUAUAUUCAUAAUAAGUCUACCUUAUCCCAGUUCUUUAUAAGAUUUAUUCACAUUGGAGUAUUGUUGUUGUUGUAGCAGCUUAAACACUCCCCAUACUUACGUACGGGAAAUGCUGCUGGAGUGACAGUUCUUGGCCGGAUAUAAAUCCGGGUCGUUUCGGUAACGUCGAACAGACUGUCGUGGAAACGUAUAGUUAGAAACUGUUUUCGUUACUUAAGCUAAUUGACUUAAUAUAAAUGGUAUAUUUUUAUUCAGUUGACUUAUUUCAAACUUUUUUAGAAUAAUUAUAUGUAUGAAAAAAAUUAUAUAUGUACAAGAAUUGUCAUUCUACAGUAUUCCACAAAUAUUAUUUAUGAGGAAUGCUUUAUGUUGUUACAAUAGCGGGCAGUUUAGUGAAGAUAACCUAAAUUUAUAAUUUUCAAACCUACACAUUUUCGAAAAAUCCAAACAAUUUACAUCUGCAGGUUUUACUUAACAAAUAAUAUUUAAAUUUACGGUAGUUCCAUCAAUCAUAGUGCAAUCCAAUUGCAUAAACAAUUUGGAAUAAUAUUUUUCUCUGCAAAGUUACGAAAAUUUGCGAUUUAUAUUACUAGAAAUGUAUAAGAAAACGAUUUUCGCAUGAAAAUGAAAAUAUUAAUUUUGUAUUGAUCGUACUUAAGUAAAGUUUGACAAGUCACGCACACAUAUCACACACAUUUGUGAUAUCAUUAGUUGGUUUUUCUAUAUAGUAACAAAUUAUUUAGAGCAAUACAUUGUAAUUAUCAAAUAACAUAUUAAUAACAUCUUUAAAACAUUUUUGUGAAGGCAGCGAAAAAGCAGGUAUCAGGAUUAAAAUACUGAUUGGCUAAUUAUCAUAAGAAGCUGCAGAGGCAAGGAGGAAGCAUUUAUACCAAUUUAGGGACUAUACUGUUCGACCUCGCUGAAACAAAAAUUUGACACUUAUGGUGACUAGAACGGCAUCGGUACGAACUCUGUAAUAUUACAGAUUAUAUAUACAAUUUGUUUCUUACUUGAUAAUAUAUUACCUGGUCGGAGAACGUGCCGAGAGGAGCCUUCAUCGGCUCUAUGGUGUGGUGUGGGUGAAUUAACUGAUAAGUAGCAACAAAUCGAUCACAUAAGCAAUUUGUAAAAAAAAAAAAUAGUUACGCUUUAAAAAUAAGGAGAAAUAACAUUUGUGUAUUGGCUUUGGUGAGUUCAGUGCAAAGUGUAGCUCUUAUCUUUUGUACAUUUCUAGAAUUAAAUUAUUAAAGACUAACAAAAUUUUAAUUAAAGAAACUUUACUUUUAAAAA